AUGGAUUGGCCGACGCAUAAGACUGUGUGCAAAGCUGCCCAAGAUAACCGCUUACAGAGUUGUCUUGCACAUGUAGCCGAUAUCGUUCAGUACGCAUACUACGAGUUCCGGGAAAAUACAUGGGAGACGCCGAUUAUCAAGAUCGAAGAUCGAGAUGGCGCCUUGGUCAUAACUGAUGGCGUUAUGUUGGACAAGACCAAGUACUUCAUCAGCUUUCCCCACCAUCUGGUGACCAGUGAGCGAACCAAAGCUGCGAUGCUGUGCGCUUGGAUGUGCAAUGAGCCCCUUGCCUUCAUGCACGACCUGCUCACUGAUCUCCUCAAGGGACUAGAGAUCCGAGUGGAAGAAGUUUGUUUGGGCCUUGGACGCAUCCUGCGCAAGAUCACCUACCACAGCCCGCAUGGCGGUUCCGACGAUAAUUGGCCGAACUACUUUCACGAAGCUCUCCGUAGCACCUCUUUGAGCAGCAAGAAGCAAUGGGCCAUUGACGUCAGCGGCGCUCAGUAUGGUAUCACAACGGCAUUUUGGACUUGGGAAGCUUACGUUAACGCAUACAAUGUGACUGUUAAGAGAACCCAGGCGUUUAGAUACACCAAGACCAUGAUCAACGAUCUAAGCAGAAUCAGAGGCAACCCUUCGAUGUCGUAUGGCGUGGUUGGGGUCGUGGCGGAGAAGAUGAACGAAGCCUCCAAGAAGUGGGCAACUGAUCGCAAUAUCAGCCUGUCUGAUCUACUCAAUAUGGUAGAAGACGACUUUCGCCAAACCAAAAACGAACUUCUACAAACUUUGAGCGACGCUGUUCGAGAUUUCCUAAGAGCACAUAAGUUCGAUAAGGAAUUCCAGGCCGCGAAGACAUAUGAGUACAAGAACCCGGGCUUGAGCGCAAGGCGAUGCAUGGAGGCCAGCGCAAAGUAUUGA